GCCCUCUAGCGUCACAUGAAACGACGCUUAGUUGCUUUACUAUUUAUGAUGGGCUGGAACCCUUCGAGCCCUCUGAUUGGUCAAACGCUCACUGUACUUUUUGUGACUGGUAAAGGGAUUGGUUAUCGCCUUGGAAACGACGCCUGUGUUCAUGAGGUGAUUGUGUUGCGCCAGGGGACGGAAGCCGAAGGCGUUCAAGUGUCUUGCCGAUCAUUUUUAACAGAGUGGUUGUCGGAGGCCAUGGCGCAAGAUGGGGAUACGCAAUCAGAAGAACCUCAGGUUGAUUUGUACACGUUAGAGGAUGUGAGAAAAAGGAACACGGCUAAGGAGCUGUGGUUAGUGAUACACGGCAGAGUGUAUGAUAUCACUAAAUUCGUGGAAGAGCACCCAGGUGGGGAGGAGGUCCUGUUUGAGCAGGCAGGGGCAGAUGCCACAGAGAGCUUUGAAGAUGUUGGCCAUUCCAUUGAUGCCAGGGAGAUGCUGAAACAGUAUUACAUUGGAGAUUUACAUCCGGAUGACUGUAAAAAUCAAGGAAAAAAUGAUGUUCUACUAACCACAUCCUCCAGUUCAUCCAGUUCUUGGUCCAGCUGGCUGAUCCCCGCAGCAGCAGUCGUUCUUUUGGGUUUCAUGUACCGUUUUUACAUGGUUGAUAGCCGAUCCUCCUGAAAAAGCAGAACCUGCCAGUGUCUCUUAUGCACAAUAAAACAAGCGGAAUCCACACACACAGCCACAAGGAUAUUACCGCAUUUCUGCCACAGAUGAAUAUGUCAGAUUUCUCAUAUGAACCUUUUUUAUGUUUGUGACCAAGACCUCUUCCUAAUACUUCCUAAUGGACUGUGGAGCAAGCUCCAUACAACUAAAUACUUCUUACAUUCUGGGAAAAGCUUUCUUUGUAUAAGGCAACAGGGAAAACCAGUAGAGAGGAUAUAUUUUGGGGUAAAACAAUAAUUCAUCCUGUACUGACCUGUCACAGCCAAAUCCAUUCAGAGAUAAGGUCACUUAUCUUUAGUGGAAAUUAGGUACAGGUAUGGGAGUGAUCAGAAAUACUUGAGAUCUGGGGUUUUCUGGAUAAGGGGAGACCUUAACUAAUAAUAUCGAAUAAAAGGCACUAAGUUCGCCCUGUCUAACCGUCAAUAAGAUGUUCGCUUUUAAACAGGGGUCACCUGCAAACUUAGUGCUUUUUAUUACAUAACCCCUUCUAAAAUCAUUUAACCUUUAAAUAAACCCAGUUGGAUUGUUUUGCCACCAAUAUAGAUUUGUGCAUCUUAGUUGCCAUCAAGUACAAGCUACUGUUUUACAAAUACAGAGAAAAAGGAAAUUAUUAAUAAAAAAUAUUCAUUUCAAAUGGACUGUAUGGGAGAUGGCUUUCCUGUAAUUCUGAGCUUUCUGGAUAAAGGAUCCAAUUCCUGUGCUUUUAAAUAUCCUUUCUAUAAUAAACUAAAACAAUCAAUUUAAAA